AUGGUAUUAAUGGCAAGCGCCCGUGAUAAGAUCGGAGUUUGUCGCUCCUUCGUCCUUGAUCAGCAACCACGAUCAUUGCUACUUUCCUCCCCUCAUAUAUUGUUUCUGUCUACUUGCUCACGUCAAAUGUCUGUCGCUGUUGACGAGGCAGCACCUACUUCCAUUGAUCUCCCUCCAACUCCGGAUUUCACGACGGCGGCUCUGGGAAACAGCGCGGAGUGCACUACUUCGACGUCGUCGCCGGUUUGUGCCACAAGUCCACUGUUCUACUUCACGAACGUGACAUUUCGGGUGGGGAACACUAUCUUUCGAGUUCCGCGGCACGGUUUCGAGGUACCUGGGACAGUAUUCGAAGCGAUGUUUUCCCUUCCAUCCUCUGUUGAUGAAGAAGGAGAGGCAGAAGGAUCGAGUGAUGAGCAUCCUAUUGUCCUUAAUGGAGUCGAGGAGAACCACUUCAAUGGUUUUCUUGGUGCCUUGUAUCCGUUUGUCAAGAGCAUGGACUACGACAAUUGGGUCGGAGCACUCCAUCUAUCCACGAUGUGGGAAUUCAACCAAAUCAGGGAGAGAGCUAUCAAUGCCAUCUCACCUAUCCUCGCUGAAAAGAAUACAGUCGAGGUGGUCCUGCUAGCCAAGCAGUAUCGCGUCUUAAACUGGUUAAGGGACGCGUAUAUUCGACUGGUAGAUCAGUCCUCACUUUCAAUCGAAGAUCUUCGCACUCCAUUGACGUUGGACUGGGAAACAACGACUAGAAUAUUCUAUGCUCGAUCACUCCCAAUGGGCGUUAAACCGACGCUAAUACAUAGUGCAUCUUGCGAUAUCAAUGAUGACUGGGGAGGUGGGAACUGUAGUUGUUCACCCCAGAUUGAUCGAUCCGCCUGCUCAAGAUCGAGAUUCGUUGAGGAAGUUUUCAAAACAGAGUUCAGCGUUAUGUGCCCAAAUGCUGAUCACGUCGAACCUCCACUUCCGCUCGACAGUUCUGAGGCGUCGACCAUCUCGAAGAAGAAGAAGAAUAAGAAAAAGUAG